GCCACCACCGCCGCCGCCAGCUGGAAGAGCCGCGCAUUCUCGGCCGCUGACCUUCCACUUAGUCCGCAGGCUGCCCCCUGGCAAGUCACCUUCGCUUACGGCGGGCAAGGCAUGCCCCUGACCUCCUGGGUGGCCCUUUCCGCCAGGACGCUUAGCGGGGAGGCUGACCAUGAACCCUCAAUGCGCCCGCUGUGGCAAAGUCGUCUACCCGACCGAGAAAGUCAACUGCCUGGAUAAGUACUGGCACAAGGGAUGUUUCCAUUGUGAGGUCUGCAAAAUGGCUCUAAAUAUGAACAACUACAAAGGAUAUGAAAAGAAGCCUUACUGCAAUGCACACUAUCCAAAGCAGUCCUUUACUACAGUGGCAGAUACCCCUGAAAACAUUCGACUAAAACAGCAAAGUGAAUUGCAAAGUCAGGUCAAGUACAAGCGAGACUUUGAAGAAAGCAAAGGAAGAGGUUUCAGCAUUGUUACUGACACACCUGAAUUACAAAGACUGAAAAGAACUCAGGAGCAAAUCAGUAAUGUCAAAUAUCAUGAAGAUUUUGAGAAGACAAAAGGCAGAGGGUUCACUUCAGUAGUGGAUGACCCUGUAACUGAACGGGUGAGAAGGAAUACCCAAGUGGUUAGUGAUGCAGCAUACAAAGGUGUUCACCCACAUAUAGUUGAAAUGGACAGGAGACCUGGAAUAAUUGUGGCCCCUGUGCUUCCUGGGGCCUACCAACAAAAUCAGCCCCAAGGAUAUGGUUACAUGCACCAGACUAGUGUGUCAUCUAUGAGAUCAAUGCAUUCACAGCCACAUUCAGCUAGCUUGAGAACUUAUAGAGCUAUGUAUGACUAUAGUGCCCAAGAUGAAGAUGAAGUUUCCUUCAGAGAUGGUGACUACAUCAUCAAUGUACAACCAAUUGAUGAUGGUUGGAUGUAUGAAUACUGGAGUGGAUUGUUGUUUCUACUGGGCCAUAUUGAGACUAACUUUGUCUAUGAUCCCUUGAUCAUGAGUGACCCUUAUGGGAGUCCACCCUCCUAUAAGAUAGCUCAUAGUGUUACUGGGCUUUGCAAGUCCCAUUUCAAGGUAACAGUACAUGAAGAAGUACACUUUUACUGCAGGCUCUGUUCUUAUUGGAUAGUUGGCCGAGGGAAGAGAAAGCAUUUAAUAUCUACCCAUCUCCAAAGAGUUGAACAUAAAAGAAAGAAGCAAGUUGGAGCGGAGUGCAUCAUGAUUAAUAUUGCAUCAAUAGAGUGACUGUGAUAAUUCAGCUUUCAUUAACAAAAUGACUUAAUUCUCAGGUUUUCUGCUCUGCCUUCCUACCUCUCUUUAAAAUUCAGACUGAGAUCUACUUCAAACUUUCUUUCUGUCUGUUUCCCAUUUUUUUCUGAUAAUAUUCCAAUAGUUGGUUUGCCAUUAACCCCCCCCCCCAUGUUGCUAUAAAAGCAAAAAAAAAAAAAUUCUUCCCCCGGUGCUCUAUUACAUGUUUAUUUAAUUGUGCAUGUUACAGAUCAACCUCUAGUUUAGGAGGUAUCUAAAAAUCC